AUGAAGAAACUUCUAUUGAUCUUUCUCUUCUCUCUUCUCAUUCUCCAAACCGUUUGCGGAUUCGAUUACGAAGAGAAGGAAUUAGAGAGCGAAGAGGGCCUAUCAAAGCUCUACGAUAGAUGGAGGAGCCACCACUCUGUUCCUAGGAGCCUCCAUGAGAGGGAGAAGAGACUCAACGUUUUCAGACACAAUGUGAUGCAUGUUCACAACACCAACAAGAAGAAUCAAUCCUACAAGCUUAAGCUCAACAAGUUUGCAGACUUGACCAUUCAUGAGUUCAAGAGUGCCUACACCGGUUCUAACAUCAAGCAUCACAGGAUGUUGCAAGGACCAAAACGCGGCUCGAAACGGUUCAUGUAUGAGAAUGCAACCCGAAUCCCAUCCUCUGUUGACUGGAGGGAGAAAGGUGCUGUCACUGAAAUCAAGAACCAAGGACAGUGUGGAAGUUGCUGGGCAUUUUCUACCGUUGCAGCCGUUGAGGGAAUCAACAAGAUCAAGACAAACAAGUUGGUCUCACUAUCUGAGCAAGAACUUGUGGAUUGUGAUACUCGCCAGAAUGAAGGCUGUAACGGAGGUCUCAUGGAGAUUGCAUUUGAAUUCAUCAAGAAGAAUGGUGGAAUCACCACUGAGGAUAACUAUCCCUAUGAAGGUAUUGAUGGGAAAUGCGACGCUUCAAAGGAUAAUGGCGUAGUUGUGACGAUCGAUGGGCAUGAAGAUGUACCCGAAAACAACGAAAAUGCUCUUCUUAAGGCUGUUGCAAACCAACCUGUAUCUGUUGCAAUUGAUGCUGGAAGUUCAAAUUUUCAGUUUUACUCAAAGGGGGUGUUUACGGGACAGUGUGGAACAGAGCUGAACCACGGUGUGGCUGCCGUCGGGUAUGGGGUUACCUCCAAAGGGAAAAAGUAUUGGAUAGUGAGAAACUCAUGGGGAGCCGAAUGGGGAGAGGGGGGCUACAUAAAGAUCGAGAGAGAUAUUGAUGAUUCGGAAGGGCGUUGCGGUAUUGCGAUGGAGGCAUCUUAUCCGAUCAAGCUCUCAUCUUCUAAUCCAGAUGCCUCGAAAGAGGAUGGCGUCAAAGAUGAGCUCUAG